GCGGAUGUUGGGGUUUGAAUCGGCCGUUUGAAUCGGUUGGGGCGCGCGGGCGGCGCGAGGCGGUGCGCGACAGCCAGAAGAACUCAGGAUGAGUAAACCAAAUAAUUUUGACAGUCAAAGUACAUUCUGUGUUCUCUGUGGACGGACAGAUGACUGCCCUGAAAAGUAUGGAGAAAAAAGAACCUUUGUGGAAUACAAUCUUACUGUGCAUUAUUACUGUUUGUUGAUGUCAAGUGGCAUUUGGCAGAGAGGGGAAGAAGAUGAAGGUGUAGAUGGAUUCUUAAUCACAGAUAUUAGAAAAGAAGUAAAUAGAGCUGCAAAACUGAAAUGUAAUAUCUGUAAGAAAAAGGGUGCUUCUAUUGGAUGUGUAGCUCCCAAAUGCAAACGAAGUUACCAUUUUCCUUGUGGGAUAAAAAGGGAAUGUAUUUUCCAGUUCAUGGAAGACUUCAGAUCUUACUGUUGGGAACAUAAACCAGUCCAAACUUUUAUUGAUAAAGAAUCUAGAGGAGCGUCACAGUGCACAAUAUGCCUGGAUUUGGUUGAACAUCUUCCAGCGUACACUAUAUUGAAGAGUCCCUGCUGUAAAAAUGCUUGGUUUCAUCGAGAAUGCUUGCAGUAUCAAGCUUUGAGUGCUGGGAUAUUUUUCUUUAGGUGCACAGUAUGCAAUAAUAAGGACAAAUUUCAAAAAGAGAUGUUGAGAAUGGGCAUAUACAUUCCAGAAAGGGAUGCGUCUUGGGAACUUGAAGAGAACGCAUAUCAAGACUUACUGCAAUGUUAUCAACAUUGUGAUAUUAGAAGAUGUCUCUGCAAGAAAGGAAGAGACUAUAAUGAACCUGAUAGUAAAUGGGAAAUAAAGCGUUGUCAGUGUUGUGGUUCUCGUGGGACUCAUUUGGCCUGUUCAUCUCUGAAGUCAUGGGAGCAAAACUGGGAGUGCAUAGAAUGCAGAAGUAUCUUUGCAAAAUCAGGGAAGUACAGCAGAAAGAAAAAGCGUUCUUUGGCUACCUCUGAAAAGACAGAUGGGACAACUUGUUUGAUGGAAGAGCCAUCUCCAAAGACCCCUCGGCAGUCAUCUGGAUCUCAACGCAGUUUUCUACUCCAAUCACCAAAGAGAAUGUACCAGAACAACUUGUCACCUUGCUCACACCUAGAACUUCCAUCAUCCAACAGAGUGACGAUGUCCUUAUCUCCACUGAUGUUAAACAGAAACUGGUCCCUGAGGCAAAAGCAUUUAAGAGAGCAAAGAAAGGAAGUUUGUAACAUACUGAAGGAGUUAAAGGUACAAGUUAAUACAAAAACAACAAGGCUUAACAUCAAUGCAGAUGAUAUCUGGAAUAGUGCUUUAAAAGGAUUUAGACAGCGCAACUUCAGUCCUACAAACACCAUUGAAAUAAAUUUCACUAACUGCAAUAACAGACCAAAGACAGAUACUUCUGCUGCAUCAAAACACCAUUUCUUCCAAUUAUUAAUGCUUCACCUUCAGAAUUCAUCAUUGUUUGAGGGCUCUUCUGCGAAGAAUUUGUCUCUUGAUUUUCAAGCUGUAAAAGAAAACCUUUAUUUUGAAGCUGGUAAAAUGAUUGCAGUUUCUCUGGUUCACGGUGGUCCAUCCCCUGGUUUCUUUUCCAAAACGCUGUUCGAUUGCCUUGUCUAUGGUCCAGAGAAUGUGAAGCCAGCUUUGGAAGAUGUUGCUGAUGUUGAUGUAGCACAAAAAAUAAAAAUGAUAAAAUAUGCAAAUAGUCUGUCCAGCCUGCAGUCUACAAUACAUGACUGCUAUGAAUUCCUUGCUGCUGCUGGAUGUUUAAGACCUAUAACAGCUUUGUGUGAUAAGAAUAUGCUGGUGAAUGACAUAUUGAUCCAUCAUGUAAUCAAGAGAAUUAUUUCACCCUUAGAAAGUUUUAGGCAAGGUUUGAAAACUCUUGGUGUUCUGGAGAAAAUGCAAAUGCACCCAGAUGCGUUCUCUAGCGUAUUGUGCCACAAACCUGAAAGACUUUCAGCAGAAACUAUUUGUGAUCUCUUUACAAUCCAUCCGUCAUCACAUGUAAAGGAAGUUAAAGGUGCUGAUUUUUGGAUGGGCUAUUUGCAAGAUGUGGAAAGUGGUGAGUCUGUAGUGACAUUUGAGGAUAUCCUGCUGUUCGUAACAGGCUCCCCGUCUAUACCAUCCAUUGGUUUUGAUCCUGAACCUACUAUUAAAUUUUUGCGUAUAAGAUACCCCAUUGGAAACAGACUCCUUAAUAGCUUAGAGCUCCCUAUAACAAAAACAUACCAGCAGUUUAAAAAUAAAAUGGAGCUCACCAUCAGAAACACACUAAGAGUUGAAAGUGAAUAAGUAUUUUUGCUACUAAACUGGAUGUUGGAAACUUCAGUUUCCUGCAGGAACAUCUACUUUCAAUUUGCUACUGUAUUUUUGGACAAUGUGCUCUCAGCCUUUUCACACUUUUCUUCCAAAGAUAUGCUGAAAGUAGUAAUAUUGUUAGAUGGAAAACAAUUUUCAAAUGAAAAUACACUUUAUUUCUUGAAUAAUUCUCCUUUUGAAGUUUACUUGAGUCAACAGUCUCUUGCAGAAGUAGUUUAAAUAUCUACUUUUGCUGUAGACAAGUAUAAGUACCAAACUCUGUAACAGGUAAGUCUGUGGAUUGUAUCACAUACUUCAGUAACUUAUUAUUUAUCAAAGGCAAGUCAGGUACAUCUUUAAGAUAAUUUCUGUAGAGCUUUGUUUCAAGUAAAACUGUUAUGCAGUUCUUCAGUUCCAUGUAUAUAUUUUCAGUACUUGUUUUUUUAUGUUGAUUCAUUUACAUUCUGAUGGUUCAGAGAGACAUAGGAAAGUUAAAAUACUUGGAGUUUUAAAAGGUCAUUGUGGUUAAUGCAUUAAAAUUUAAAGUCUGGAGAAAGCCUAGGCAAAAUAAUAUAUCACAAGAACAAAAUUACACUGAACUUGUGUUUCAAAACAAAAAUUGAACAAAAUCUUUGACAUUUGCACAUUACUGCAUUCUGCUGUCAUACACUAGUUUUUAAUUACACAUAGACCAAAAUAGUAAAAACUAGAAGUGUUGAAUAUGCAACAAUAAUUGGUCUUUCAAUGUGAAAUAUGAGUUAGACUUCGUGUUGUUUGGUAUGAAAGUAUUGAACAGUUUGUUGCUCAUUAGAAUAUGUAAAUUUGUCUUCCAUUGAAGUCAGUACUUUCAUACAAAUAUGCACUAAAACUUUUCUAAAGUAAAGGCAGUCUACCAUCAAGCUUGUCUGGGCCUGACACUUUUCUAACUUUUAUUCUAAACUCUUCCUCUUCAAUUGUAGGUACGUUCUGAGCAAAUGUAUAAAAGAUACUUUAGUGCUGCAGUAUUUGUAUAAAUACCAUUAAGCCAUAAAAGAAGAGUAGUGAAAUUCCUACACAGCAACACUUUAUGUUACUAAUGCUAAAACCAUGAAACUGAAAGGGUGUUUAAGUACACUUUUUUAAAUGUAUGCAGGUCUCUGUUUUGAAAUUACUAUUUUCCCCUGUCAGUUUGACCACCUGUACUAUAACAUAGGUUGUGCUAUAGAUGUAAUAUAGAUAGGUAUAUAUCUAUAUAUAUCUAUGUGUAUGCACAUUAUUCAAAAUACUGAAAAGUAAUUGUACCCUUUUUAUUAAUCAUAGCUUGGUUUUAAUUGAAAAUACAAGCAGGAUUGCUCUACUUCUGAAUACCUUGGCAAGAAAGUAGAUCCAUAGAAAUUAUAAAUGGAUAGAUGCUUCUGGAAAAAUAAUAAUCCAUACUAAUCUGAUUUCAGGUUCUGGUUUAGGGUUCAUUGCAAGUAUUCCUCUAAUUAAUGAAUUUUAUUACUAAAUGCCAAUUACAUAGCAGUUUACUGCAGCUCAAGAACUGCAAAAGUGCCAGUCAAGACUCUUAAUUUGAGACUACACUAGAAAUGGUUAAAUACGAAGAAGCAGAGGGGUUAUUUAAAUUACACAGUUCUUUUAACAAUAUGCAGGUGUUUUGAAAUCAUUUUUAAACUGCUGCAGCUUCUCUUUCUUGAUCCCGGGAGAAGUGCUAAUCUUUAUAUAAAAAGACCUAUUUUCAUCACUGGAUAACAAAAGCAUGUAUGCCACUUGUUGCCACUUAAUUUUUCAAUUUUUAUUUCAAAGUCAAAGGAAAUUAUUGCAAGCCUUAGAUCAGACAUUUCUCACUUUCAAGUGGCUAAAACAAUCUAAUCGCAUCAAAGUCCUGUCAUUAGAAAUUAACACAGGACUAGCAGUGUUUUUGGUUCUUAGUCAAAAGCAUAUUAAAAUCUACUUUAAAAUAAAUAUAUGAGCUCUUGGAGAAUGUAAUUUGACUUGUUUAUAGACUAAGUAUUUUCUCACUGUCUUCUGGUUUUUUCCUCCAAUAAUAAUCCAUGUUUCUCAUCUCUGCACAAUUUUUAAGUCUCAUUCUUCCAAUAACUUAUUUGUAUUCUUGGUUUUCAGAAUGGUCUAUUGCCAUUAUAAUGAGAAUGGUUUGGUGCAAAUUUGUUUGCUUAAUAAGGAUACAUAUUGUAUGUUUGUAUUUUUAAAAUACAGCAAUGAGUCUCCUGCAAAUAUUAUACUUAAAAAACGAGUAUUGUACCCAGCGCAGUAUUCCUUUUUCUUGCCUAGUUAAAAAUAAAUGUCUUCUGUAAUAUUAUGUGAUUUUUCUGUGUGAUAAGUACAGAACUUACAGAAGUAGCAGAGUGUGAAUAAUUUUAAUGGACAAUUCCUGGACUUCUGGCAUCUGUAGUGGCAAGGGAAACUGUUCAGAACUUAGAAUUAAAUAAACAACAUUUUAAAACCUCCAGUGGAGAAAGAAAUACAAAGAUAAUGUGAAUACAGAGCUUCAAAAACAUACCUGAGAUUACAAAAAUAGAGUUCACACCUUUUAUUGCUUAUUUCUUUUGAAUUCAGCAGUUGAAAGGGUUUUAUAUAAAGGUAGAACUAACCUUUCAGUUGUAGGAAAUGUUAACUUUAAAACCUUCUGCUAUACAAUGCUGUAUCCACACACUGAAUUUGUAAAAUUGUGUAAUAUCUAAUAUUGCUUGAAAGGGUUUCUCUAACAUAGAAUUGGUUCCCAUUUUCUAAAACUGAUAUCUAUGCAUUCAGGACAAGUUUUCUUUCUUUUUCUGUUGAUCAGCUCUAUCUAGACAUUCCAGUAUAUUCCAGUUGUAUUCCUCUCCUCUUUGCAUUUUCAGCAUUUGUUUAUAUAGACCAAUCUUAAAUUUAUUACAACAGGUCUCUAAAGUGCAAUAUCAAGUAGUUUUCAUUUUACAUAAACAUAACCUGAGGCACACCUGGAAAUUAGGGAACUUGCUUUCUUUCAGUAUUUCUGUAACACAGAGAAUAAUUGCAUAUACAUCAGUUAUGUAGUAAAUACAUUCUUACAGAAUUUCAUCUUUUGUAAAAUUUGUCAGCAUCACAAAAGAACUAUUGCAGUGCUCUUUGUGUUUGGCCACAGAACUUCACCGCACAGUUUCUGCAUCAAACCCUAAGCAUCCAUUUGGAAUAAGCAUAUCAAAUAAGCUAUUUAUUUUCUACAGUGAUAAUUUUGUACUAAACAAUAAUAUAUUUGGUUUAGUAGAGCCUCCUUAACAAUGCACGUACAAUUAAAAACACCCUCAAAUAUUUUAGCUCUAUGUUUGAAAAGCAAAGGAGUAAGAAAUUUCUGACUGACUUUCGCCUAUUCAAAGGAUGCUUACCAGAAAAAGCUGUUAGCAUUUUUAACUAACUGGCUUAAGAGUGAAAUACAGUCAGAAGGAGAACUGUGUUUAAACUUAAUCCUUGUAUACUGCAGCUUUGACAUUUUUCAUUAAGAUGUUCAGCCUGUGAAGACCUGAGGGUUUUGAGAGUAUUAGUCAUUAAUUCACACUCACAUUUUACAUAUACAUUUUGAAAAUAGUAUAUUAAAAAAAUCUGUUUUAAAUAGAAGCAAAUGCAACUUUGGAGCCUACAAAAUAUUAAAGUUUAUCUUGAUUCUGUAUUAUAUGGUAAAGCAUUUUACAGCUCAAACUUUACUGAUUUUUACUUAAGGGAGUUCCUAGUUGGGCAAAAGAAAAAUUAAAUUGCUUAAACUUUUUAAGUGUCAAAUCGUAUGCACACAGAAAGUUAAUUUUUAAAAUAUUAAUGUAUGUAAAAAAAACCCAAACCAACAAUUCAACUGUCUGAUUUUUAUAUUGCAUAAACAAUGUUCUUUUUAAACUUACAGUAAUUAGAAUGUUAUGCAAGAAAAUGUAAUUUUAUAAAUAUUUUAGCUCUAACUUGAACUGCAGGAUCAGUGCCUGAACUGUUGCAUCUUCAAGCAACAUUAUAUGGGAGAGAUGUAGCAUCAGUGUUGAAAUAAUCAGUAAUUGUGGGAAAUGUUAUGUAUAUGUUCAAAGUGCAAUAAAGGGUUAU